GAUACGUGCAGUUCAGGGUGGUUCAGGUUAGGUUCAGGUUCAGGGUGAAGGGGGUGAAGCGUUUUUGCACAACGCGCCGUGUGGCAUUGUUUGUUUAUUUGCUCCGAAUAACUGAAUUAAUAACUGAAAUAAACAAAUCGCGUUAAAAUGGCGGAGGAAGUGCUGAGGGAGUUGGAAGCCGCGGCGCAAAUCGUUCUGGCGCCACCUAAUUUGAUCUCAUCGGAGCAGCGUCAAUCUGCGGAAGCUGUGUUCCUAAAUUUCCGUAAAACAAAGUCACCGUAUCAACUGUGUCAACAAAUUUUAGAAUUGAGCUCUGUGGACUACAUAUUGUUUGAAACGGCCGGUUUGAUAAAGACAGCUCUGAUACAAGAGUGGACCACUCUGGAAAAAUCUGACGUCUCUUCAUUAAGACAAUAUUUGUUGCACUAUGUUAUAAGCAAACCUACGUUAGCGCCAUAUGUCAGGACGAGGAUACUUCAAGUUUUUGCAAUAAUAGUUAAGAGAGGUAGCGUGGAUGACUUUGGAAUAGAGAGAAGUCGAAUAAUGAGUGAAAUAGAAAAUUUAAUUAAGAGUGGGAACUUACCAAAUCAAAUUUUGGGAUGCAAUAUUUUAUCUGCGAUAUUGCAAGAAUACGCAACGACUGCGAAAUCAUCCGAUAUCGGUCUGACAUGGGAAGUACAUUUUAAGGCGAAGAAGCAUUUUGAGCUAAGCGAUAUGAAAAGAAUUUUCAAGUUUUGUAUCGAGGUAUUUGGUGAAUUGAUCAAGAAGGAUUUUGACGAAUCGACGUUGCCCCUCGUGAAGUCCUUGCUUUCCAUGGUGGAGAGCAUACUCGUUUGGCCAUUUAUUGAAGUAAAUUUACCUAAAAAAUUACUACUUAAGAGCAUGUGUGAGGUUUAUGAAUCCGGGAAUAAUCCACCAUUGAGGUUGAACGUACAGUGGCAAGACGUAAUACUAGAUGCAGCAGUAUUAGAUUUAUUUUUUACACUGUAUUGGAAAGUACGUAGCAAUCCGCAGCUAGCACACCAUGCUAUGAACUGUCUGAUACAACUAGCGAGCUUACAUGGUAGAAUCCUGGGUGUGGAAGAAGUAAAAGUGCAAUACUUGACAAAUUACAUGCAGAGAUUCUUGAAGCUUGUGUUAAGUAUUGAGAUUGGCGAUCAAGAGGCGAAUGGAAUUACCAACAUUAUAAGAAAGAUUAAUUAUUUCUUUCAAAGCUCAUUGAAGAGUCUUCCUGAGGACUUGUACAAGCCAUUUUUGGAACAAUUGACAAGAUUAACAUGCUUAUUUAUAGAAUGUGCUGCACAAGAAGAAUCGAUACGCGCUGAUGAUUGCUUAUAUAUGGAAGCUAUGGAACAUAUGUUCGAAGUAUGGUCGUGUAUGUUGUAUUCAGCGUUCGAAUUUCCAUCAGACUUUUGUAAGCAGAGCUCUAUUCAGAUAUUUAAUACGUAUCUUCGAUGUCACUUAUCAUCUCCGGAAGGUGUGAGAAAUGCCGGUGGGAAAAGUCUCAGCGAGGAAGUAGCAGAUGUAGAGGACGAUGACAAAGUUAAAUUUAAGGAGCAAUUACAAAUAGUUGGAAACUUUGGUAGACAAGUACCAGAUCAUUCUUUACCUCUAUUAGCGCAAUUACUCGAAGAUCGAAUACAUAAAUUACGCGAUAAUCUGAACAAUAUGGUCGGACAAAAUGAAUCGUCGUCUCGACCUGCCUCUAUGGACGAGUUAUACGAGGAUUUGCAUUGGCUUAUUUUAAUAACGGGACACGUUCUUUGCAUGGAAUCGGAGGGUGAAACCGCAUUAGUACCUUUGGAAAUUACGCGAUGCAGCAUGAAACAGUCCCGAGAGGGAAAUGUUGAUGUAAACCGGACAUUGGAGUUUUUAGUGUCUUCGCAAAAUGUUCAGUCGGAUAUAAGCAGCCCCACGGACUCGAUCGAUCGAGUUAUUCGAUUGAUCACAGGCGUUUUUCGCUUGUGCACCAUUGAAAAGACUGCUAUAUCGAUACACUUGGAGAAUAUACUUAGUCCCGAAUUGAGCAGCACAAUAAUAUGGUUUUUACACAGAUGGUCAGAGAUCUAUCUUUUGCCAACCGAGACCUAUUAUUCCGAGUUGAGCACCACGCUUUUACAUGCUUUUGGCGAGGAUAGUCCCGGCGCAUUAUGGUCAAUGAAUUUUCUUCUGGACAAAAUAAUUUGCAACAUCAACGCUUUUAAAAGCGAGCCGGCGCUAGUAGACGAAACUAUAAAAUUAUUAAUAUCUCUUGUUAAUUCGCGAACGAGAGCCUCCUGCUUGUCGAAGUCUGAGCAGUUCACUUAUAUCAUUGAAUUGGCUAUGAAAGAGCAGUAUAACUUCCCGCAGAUUAUCAAGAGAGGUUUAAUGUGCGCGGUGGUUCAUGCCGGUAGCGUGGUACAAAAUACUGAACGAUCCUAUUGGUCACGAACGCUAGAAUGCUUACAGAAUAGAUACACGCAAUUAACUUCUAGUGAAAAUUUCAUGUCGUCUUACCAUGAAGAACGAUUUAAAGUUCAAAUCAUAGAUAUACUAGAAUCCUGUAUAGGUGUGGUGCAAGGUGCUGAGAGUCCGAUAGUAACGCCCGUGUAUCAACAUACUUUUCCUAUAUUAGCCGGACUUCCAAAAAUAUUAUCCUUGUAUCAUAAUUAUCAAGAUAUAGUGCAGCUGAUAUUAGAGCUAUUCAGUGAAUAUACAAAAAUUUUAUUCUUUUUAUCGGAGGUUGAUUGUAUACGUGUCUAUCGAACUUGUGUGCAAGCGAUGGAAACGUAUGCUCGCUGCAAUAGUCAUCGGCUUACUGUAGACUCGACCGCGGAGGAGGACAGUUUUCAGGAUAUUCUGUUACUCAUGCGAUUAUUAACUAAUUUAUUAAUUAAAGACCUAUUUAAUUUAAACCACGAGGUAAGCCAGCCAUUCAGCCAAGGUGCGUCUGCACAACCGGUCACCGAGCUUAUUCCAUCUACCGAUGUUUUCUUGUACGGCUUAAAUAUAAUCAUGCCUAUGAUGACAAUGGAUUUGUUAAAAUUUCCGUCGCUUUGUUUACAGUAUUUCAAGAUGAUAGCAUUUGUAUGUGAUCUAUGUCCUGAGAAAGUUUGCGAGCUACCUGUUAAAUUGCUGCAGCAGCUUUUAGCGUCAGUAGAAUUAGGUUUAUAUUCAUUUGGCAAUGAAGUAGCUAGCCUUUGCUGUGAUACAAUCCAAGCCUUGACCAAGCACAUUCACAAAGAGGUUACGCAAGGACGGCGGCGCAAAGACAUAAUGGCACCCUUUUUGAACUUGCUGAUAAGUCUCAUUCUGUCACAUCAAAUGGAUUCAGAUCUGAUCUCGAACGCCAGUACACCUCUUUACCAUCUCAUAUAUUGCUAUCAAGAACAAUAUCAGCAACUUGUACAGAAUAUUGUAUCCAGUCAAACGGAUCCACAAGUAGCACAAAGAUUAGCGAAUGCGUUCACCGAGCUAACGACGGAUAUAGACUUCAGUAUGGACUUGAAUAACCGUCCUCAGAGAUUGAAGUUCAAAAGUAAUUUCGAUAAAUUUGUCGUGAACGUACAAGGAUUUUUAAUGGUUAAGUAAAAUAGAAAUUAAAAUGUAAAUAAACAAAAAUAAAAGAUUUAUUUAAACAAUA